AUGUUCAAAAUUUUUCUGAUUUUUCUGCUCAAAAAUAUUUCAACUUCUAUCGAUUACUACUACGAGGCUGAAAUGUUGUAUCAAUGUCUUCUCAACACACCAGGUCACAAUCUAUCAUCUCUAAUCACAAUUAUUUAUGAGAAGAAGUACGGUGAACGACACAAAUUGAUAAAGAUUUUUGAAAGAUUAUAUGGUGAAGAGAUGUAUGAAGAGUUAUGGGAUAGGUUAGAUUCCUUGGCACCAAGGGAACUAACAAUGGGAAUAAUUGAUAAUACUCCAACCUAUUAUGACGCUAAAGUAUUGGUUUUCGCAUUAACUGGUAUUGAUUAUGAUCUAGAUCCUUUUUGGCAACAAGAACAGCAGGAAGAUCAGAAAAGCUUAUAG